CAGCGCCGGCAAUCGCCUUCCGCCCAAGUCGACGUUUUUCUACCCGAAACUCCCCACCGGCCUGGUGAUCAACCAGCUUUCGGGGAGCAUCUAGACCGCGAGGUGACGCCAUGACCACAACCGCGCUGCCGACCCAAGCCGCCGCACCUGCGCGCCGCCGCUUCACGGUCGACGAAUACUGUGCGAUGGCCGACGCCGGCAUUUUGGGCGAAGAAGAGCGCAUCGAAUUGCUGGACGGAGAGAUAGUAGUAAUGCCCCCUAUCGGAGCGCCGCAUGAAGACGGCACGACACGGUUGAGCAGCGACCUCAUAACCCGAUUGCAAGGUCGCGCUUGGGUACGCGUGCAGAACUCGGUACGGAUCAACGAUUAUGGCCUGCCGGAACCGGACAUCGCCAUUGUCCGGCUGCGUGACGACUACCAUCGGCAGCGGCCCACCCCGGCCGAUGUGCUCCUGGUGACCGAGGUGUCCGACAGUUCCCUGGAAUACGACCGCGACGUGAAGCUCCCGCGCUACGCCGCUGCCGGCAUCCCCGAGGUAUGGAUCGCCAACGUGCCGGCGCGGCAGGUGGAAGCCUUCCACGACCCCGUGGAUGGUAUUUACCAGAGCAGUCGGGUAGUGCCGGCCGAAGGCAAACUCAGCCCCCGGGCUUUUCCCGACGUGGUGCUGACGGUGGGC